AUGAAGGGGGAGGAUGAUGCAUCGUCGGAUGAGGAUUUUGUCGUCGCCUCAGACACUUCCGCCUCCGCCUCGAGGAAGCGGAAGGCGCCUGCAGCACGAGGAACCAAGGCCGUAAAGGCCACCACGCCCAGGAAGAAGCCCAAGGCCUCCGCUUCUGCACCCACCACCCACCUUCCGGGCGCGCAGGACAUCGAGGAGCUGGGCAAGACGUGCGCGUUCGACGAGGACCAGUGGUACGACGAGCACCAGCGCACGCUGCCCUGGCGCCGACGGCGCACCAUCGACGCCGACGGCCACGUCAUCGCGGCGCCCAAGGCCGAGGGAGGCGAUGGUGCCGAUGCCGAUGACGACGACGUGGGCUAUGGCGUGUGGGUCUCCGAGAUCAUGCUCCAGCAAACGCGAGUGGAGACGGUGAUCGAGUACUACAACAAAUGGAUGAAGAAGUGGCCCACCCCGCAUUCCCUCGCCGAUGCCACUCUUGAGGAGGUUAAUGAGGCGUGGACGGGCCUGGGCUACUAUCGCCGGGCCAAGUUCCUGCACGAGGGCGCCAAGGAGCUGGUCCGGCAGCACGACGGCCGGCUCCCGCGGACCGCGGCCGAGCUGCGGAAGAUCCCCGGCAUCGGACCCUACACCGCGGGCGCCAUCGCCUCGAUCGCCUACGACCAGCCCGCCCCGCUGGUGGACGGUAACGUGAUCCGUGUCUUGUCUCGCCUCAGGGCGAUCAAGGCGGAUUCGACCAACAAGAAGGUGGUGGACCUGUUUUGGAAGCUGGCCGGCGACUUGGUCGAUCCCAAGAGACCAGGCUGUUUCAACCAAGCCAUGAUGGAGCUCGGCGCCACAGUCUGCACGCCCAAAUCGCCCAAGUGCAAAGCCUGUCCGGUCUCGGCGCACUGCCUGGCGCUCGCCGAGGAGCUCGACGACGCGCGCCCUGACGGCGCGUCCGUCACGCAGUACCCCUACAAGCCGCCCAAGGCCAAGCAGCGCGAGGAGUCGGUCGUCGUCUGCGUGCUCGAGCGGCGCCGGGCCGCCACCGGUGGCGGUCGGUCAUCGUUCCUGCUGGUCCAGCGCCCGGCCAGCGGGCUGCUGGCGUCGCUCUGGGACUUCCCCUCGGUCAACCUGGGCGCCAAGGCCGACGGCGACGCGGAGGUGCCGCGAGCCCAGGCCGAGCGGGCCAUCGACGACCACCUCGCCCGGCUGCUCGGGGCGGACCACCCGGUCUGCCGAGCCAUCGACCACCACCAUCACCGCACACAGGGCCGCGCGGGCAACGAAGAAGAGGUGGCGGCCGAGGCCGAGGUGGAGCGGACGUACGUGGGCGAGGCGACGUUUCUGUUCUCGCACAUCAAACACUUCUACCGGGUCGAAUGGCUACGCAUCACCACCACCGACAACGACGAAGACGAAGACGACGUUCGAUGGCAGACAACAACAACGAAAACGACUACAAAAGCGAAGAAGACGAAUAAGAAGGCGAAGAAGGAGGAGGAUGAAGAUGAUGGUGAUGAAGAGGUGGUGAUGAGGUGGCUGGGCGAAGAGGAACUGAAGGAGGCGGCGAUUCCGAAGGGCAUGAAGAACUGCUUCGCGCUGGUCGAGGCGAGUCGGAGGAAGACCCCGCAGGAGCGACGCAAGGCCAGCGUCGACAGCCGCAAGAAGCAGAAGAGCAUCGCCGCCUUCUUCAACAGCAGCAAGACCAACAAGCCAGCCUAG